AUUAUUCAACAAUAAGAAAUUCUGCCAAGAAAUUCUACCAAGAAAUUCCAAGGAUUCCUCAAAGAUCUCUCCCUCUUCAACCUUUUUUUCUUUGUUUUCGUUUAAAUUGAAGAACAGUAUAAUUGAAUUAGGGAAAUCAAAGAAACUCCGAAAUUCCAUAUUCUUCUACUCCCUACAACUUCCAGAAUCCAAAUUCAACAAAUACCCACUUGAGUUAUCCAUCGAAUAUCAUCAAGUUCAUCGAAAUCCCCAAAUUUGUCUUUCCCUCAACACCAUUCCCCAAUCGACAAUCACCCAAUCCCACUACCAUACCCACAAGAUCUUUCUCUUCUCCAACUACAUCCUCCUCGGUGCCGCGUCCAGUUGCAUCUUCUUGAUCCUUUCCCUCCGCUUGAAUUAGGGAAAUCAAAGGAUAGCCAUCUUUUUGCCGGCAACUUCUUCGAAAUGGUCUUCAGGCCUCCGGUGAAGUGGUUGAGUGGCUAUGGUGUCGAAAGGAUGGAAGGAGAAUUUGCAAGAAAGGGUUCAAAUAGGGGAACAAGGGCAAAUCAAGGGAAAGGGUUUUGUCAAAGAUCUGGAGAAUAGAAACAGGGGAUGGUUGAAGAUGACAGGAGAACAAGGAGAAAUCAAAGAAGAAAAGCAAAGAAGAAAAGGGGAUGAGGUUAUUGGCGUGAGUAUGAAGAAUUGAAAGAAGGAAUUCACGUUAAGGUUUUGUGAAAAUCUGGAAAGUGGAAACAGGGGAAAGUUGGAGACGAGCAACAUUGGGAUUUUAUGCUUUUAGCUUGAAACGAUGCCGUUUAAUAAAUCAUUCCGACAAAA